AUGUCGAUUACUGCUCCUACUAAAACGCCGUUAAAUUCUUCUUCGAACGAUAGAUUACCGUGUAAUACUAUUAAUCAUCAACCAUCAACUUCAAUUGAUACGACACAUUUCAUUAAUGAACGUUAUCCGAAAACUUGUUUUGAAGAUAUUCCAUCAAAACUUGGUAUAAAUUCAACUCGUUCUCGUCGUAGUCUUCGUUUUCAUACUCAACCUGUUACAUUAACAGAAAUUAAUGAAACAGAUGAAGAUAAUAAAAAUGAACAUGAUAAUAAUGAACAAGAACCUCAAUCAAAAACAUUGGAAGAUUUUCAACGACUUGAACAAUUAGCUUUAGCAGAAAAUAAACGACGAGCUGGUAGAAAAAAAUUACCAUUGAAAAAUUAUCUUGAACGACAACGACUCAAAGCUAUGAGAGAAGAACUAAGUGAAACAGAUGCAAGUUAA